AUGGACCUGACAAUGAUGAGAGAGACUGUUGGAUACAAGCAUAGUGAGACAUAUCUAUAGAGCAGAGUAUAGUAGUAUAGUUAUAGAAUAUUAUAGUAGCCUACACAUGGAGGUUGAGAGUGACAGUUAAAUACAGACAUAAGCAUGUAUGUGAAAGAGAAAAUUGAAUAGAUGUAUUUAUUUACGGAUAGAUAUCAUCCUCUUCCGAGGAGGAGCACAUCAUGCCGGCCCUGUCGUCGCGGUAACAGCGGGCCAUGAGGCGGAGUUGCACCAGCGACUCCUGAAAGUCAGCCAGCUCAGAACCCUGGGAGAGGAAGCUGGGGACUCCGUGGUGAAAGGUGGGUGAGUGUCACAGGUGUGACUAGUUGCCUCAUUAAUCCAGCGAGAGCUCCCAUUGGAUAAUAAUCUCAUGUGAUUUGAGAUGUGCGCAUUUAAACCCUCCUGUUUUUCUGUUCCAAACGGCCGCCCAAGGGAGGUGAUGCAGUCCAGAGGUAUGGAGGUUUCCUGGGGCAUGUGGGAAAUGGAGUCUUGUGAGGCAACAUCCCUCCAGGGAUAUUUUUGAAUAGAUCGUUAUCAGACAAGCUCAGGAAAUUAAUUCAGAUCCCUCCCAUGUCCUUUACUCAGAGUAUCAGCUCCUCCCCUCAGGCAGAUGCUAUAGGGUCCCUACUCCCCUCAGGCAGACGCUAUAAGGUCCCUCCUCCCCUCAGGCAGACACUAUAGAGUCCCUCCCCCCCUCAGGCAGACGCUAUAGGGUCCCUCCUCCCCACAGGCAGACGCUAUAGGGUCCCUCCUCCCCUCAGGCAGACGCUACAGGGUUCCUCCUCCCCUUCAGGCCAGACGCUAAUAAAAGGUCCCCUCUCCCCCUCAGGCAGACGCUAAUAGGGUCCCCCCCCCUCAGGCAGGAACGGCUAGAGGGGUCCUCUCCCUCCCCUCAGGCAGAACGCUAUAUCGGUCCCCUCCCUCCCUCCCCCUCAGGCAGACGCUAUAGGGUCCCUCCUCCCCUCUAGGCAGGACGCUAUAAGGGUCCCUCCCCCUCAGGGAGACGGCUAUAAAGGUCCAUCCUCCCCUCAUGGCAGACGCUAUAGGGUGUCCCUCCUCCCCUCAGGGAGACGCCGUAUAAAGGUCCCCUCCUCCCGCUCAGGCAUGCGCUAUAUGGGUCCCGCCUCCCCGUCAGGCCAGACGCUAUAUGGUCCCCUCUUAGGCAUACGCUAUAGGGUGCCCUCCGCCCCUCAGGCAGGCGCUAUAUAGGGUCCCCUCUUCCCCUGAGGCAGACAGCCAUAUUCGAGUCCCUCCUCCCACAGCAGCGCUUUAGGGUCCCUCCUCCCCUCAGGCAGACUCUAUAGGGGUCCCCUCCAUCCCCUCAGGCAGACGCUAUAAUAAGUCCCUCCUCACUCAGGCAGACGCUAUAAGGUCCCUCCUCACUCAGGCCAGGCUCUAUUAAAGGUCCCUCCUCCCUCAGGCAGACGCUCUUAAAGUCCCUCCUCGCCUCAGCCAGGCGCUAUAAUGUGUCCCCUCCUCCCCUCAAGGCAGCGCUAUAAAAGUCCCUCUUGCCUCCGCCAGGGCGUUAUAGUUGUCCCCCCUCCCCUCAACAGAACCUAUAGUUUGGUCCCGCCUCCCCUCAGGCCGACGCUCUAGGGUGGGGGGUGCACGGCCUCCCCUCAGGCAGACCGCUUAAAGGGUCCCUCCCUCCUCCCCUAAGGCAGAACUCUAUAGGUCCCUCCUCCCCUAACGGCAGACCUAUAGUGUCCCCGCUCCCUCAACUCAUGCGACACUAAUUCCCCCCAAAAGGGUCACUCCUCAACUCAUGCAGACGCUAUAAGGGUCCCUCCUCAACUCAUGCAGACGCUAUAGGGUCCCUCCUCAACCAGACAGACCCAUAGGGUCCCUCCUGACCCUCAGGCAGACGUUAGAGGGUCCCUCUCCCCUCAGGCAUACGCUAUAGGGUCCCUCCUCAACUCAUGCAGACGCUAUAGGGUCCCUCCUCAACUCAGACAGACGCUAUAGGGUCCCCCUACCCUCAGGCAGACGUUAUAGGGUCCCUCUCCCUCAGGCAAACGCUAUAAGGGGUCCCUCCUCAACUCAUGCCGACGCUAAGGGUCCCUCCUCAACUCAGACAGACGCUAUAGGGGUCCCUCCUCCCCUCAGGCAACGCUAUAGAGUCCCUCCUCCCCUCAGCAGACGCUAUAGAGUCCCUCCUACCCCUAAGGCAAGACGCUAUAGAGUCCCUCCUCCCCUCAGCAGACGCUAUAGGGUCCCUCCUCCCCUCAGGCAGACGCUAUAGGGUCCCUCUUAGGCAGACACUAUAGGGUCCCUCCUCAACUCAGGCAGACGCUAUAGAGUCCCUCCUCCCCUCAGGAAGACACUAUAGGGUCCCUCUUCCCCUGAGGCAGACGCUAUAGAGUCCCUCCUCCCCUCAGGCAGACGCUAUAGGGUCCCUCCUCAACUCAUGCAGACGCUAUAGGGUCCCCCCUCAACUCAGACAGACACUAUAGGGUCCCUCCUUCCCUCAGGCAGACGCUAUAGAGUCCCUCCUCCCCUCAGGAAGACACUAUAGGGUCCCUCUUCCCCUCAGGCAGACGCUAUAGGGUCCCUCCUCAACUCAGGCAGACGCUUAGAGUCCCUCCUCCCCCUCAGGCAGACGCUAUAGGGUCCCUCCCAACUCAGACAGACGCUAUAGUGUCCCUCUUCCCCUCAGGCAGACGCUAUAAGGUCCCUCCUCCCCUCAGGCAGACGCUAUAGAUCCCUCAUAGGCAGACGCUAUAAGUCCCUCCGCCCCGCAGCAUGACACUUUAUAGGUCCCCUCCCCCUCAGGCCAAGGCUAGAGGUCCCUCCUCCCCUCCUCAGGCGAAGGCUUAGGGUCCCUCCCUCUCACCCUCAUGAGGCAGACGCUAUAGGGUCCCGCCUCCCCGGCAGACGCUAUAGGGGCCCUCCUCCUCCCCCCCCCCCCCCCCAGCCAUACGCUAUAGGUCCCUCCUCCCCUCAGGCAGACUCUAUAAGGUCCCUCCUUCACUCAGGCAGCCGCUAUAAGGUACUCCUCCCCUCAGGCAGGACGCUAAUAAAGUCCCUCCUCCCGCAGCCAGGCGCUAUGGUCCCUCCUCCCCGCAGGCAGACGCUAUAGGGUCCCCCUCCUCCCCCGGCAGACGCUAUAAGGUCCCUCCUCCCUCAGGCAGAUCGCUAUAGGGUCCCUUCUUAGGCAAUGCUAUGGGUCCCCCUCCCCUCAGAGACCUAUAGGGUCCCUCCUCCCUCGGCAGACUCUAUAGGGUCCCUCCUCCCCUCAGGCAGACGCUAUAGGGUCCCCUCCCCCCUACCCCCUCAGGCAGACGCUAUAGGGUCCCUCCUCCCUCAGGAAGACGCUAUAGGGUCCCUCCUCCCCUCAGGAAGACGCUAUAGGGUCCCUCCUCCCCUCAGGGCAGACGCUAUAGGGUCCCUCCUCCCCUCAGGCAGACGCUAUAGGGUCCCUCCUCCCCUCAGGCAGACGCUAUAGGGUCCCUCCUCCCCUCAGGCAGACGCUAUAGGGUCCCUCCUCCCCUCAGGCAGACGCUAUAGGGUCCCUCCUCACCUCAGGCAGACCCUAUAGGGUCCCUCCUCCCCUCAGGCAGACGCUAUAAGGUCCCUCCUCCCCUCAGGCAGACGCUAUAGGGUCCCUCCUCAACUCAGGCAGACGCUAAUGGGUCCCUCCUCCCCUCAGGCAGACGCUAUAGGGUCCCUCCUCAACUCAGACAGACGCUAUAGGGUCACUCCUCCCCUCAUGCAGACGCUAUAGGGUCCCUCCUCCCCUCAGGCAGACGCUAUAGGGUCCCUCCUCAACUCAGGCAGACGCUAAUGGGUCCCUCCUCCCCUCAGGCAGACGCUAUAGGGUCCCUCCUCCCCUCAGGCAGACGCUAUAGGGUCCCUCCUCCCCUCAGGCAGACGCUAUAGGGUCCCUCCUCCCCUCAAGCAGGUCCAUCCUAUAGGGUUUGUGUUUGGUCUCUACCUUACUCUGCCUGCUCAACCCAGAUCCAAAAGGACCUUUGACACACACAUGACUGUAAGUCGCUUUGCAUAGAAGCGUCUGCUAAAUGGCAUAUAUUAUUAUAUAUAUAUAUUACUGUUCCAGUAGCAGCUGGAGGAGAGCAGCAGCAGCACAGACUGAAGAGAGACAAGUUAUUGACGUGUUAUUGCUAGUGUUUCCCAGCAUCACCAGAGCAGGCCUUCCUUCACAGAGGAACACUAUUGGCUCCAUGACAAUCACCACCAAGAGAUGAUGUCAUUCUCUAUCGGUUUAACAUAAUCUCUGACUCUACAGUCUCAGGUUCAUCAUUUGAAUGAGAGAGAACAUUUAUAUUGCAGCUAAAUGUUAGUUCUAUUUGCAGGUUUGCUUCAGAUCUAUAGAUAUCAUGUAGAGUGUGAGGAGGCUUGUGUUUAUUAUGGGAGCACUGGUUGCACUGUCUGUCUAUAGUCUUUUCACUGUAUAUUUACUGUACAAGAUGGAGACCACAGUGGUGCUGUACCAUACUGUAGUGGGGUAAUAUUUGAUACAAUACUCCUGUGGUCACAGUGUAUAAUGAAUGGUAGGUUCCCACUGGGCACAGACAUCAGUUCAACGUCUAGUUUUCAAUUACAUUUGGUUGAGUUGCUUCAACUUCAUCACAUAGAUUUGUUUGGUUUAAAUGACGUGGAAACAUUGAUUCAACCAGUUUUUCCCAGUGGGUUGAGUGUUUGUACAGUAGUACUCACUGACGCAUGUCAUUGUCUUGGCCCUCAGCACCUGCAGUAGGUCCCAGCUGCAGCAGUGCACUCUGACUGAGGGAGGUUUUUGUGCGGCUCUAAAUCACUGUGUGAACACAGGACCACUGUGGUAACUCUGACAGUAGUAAACUCCUGUAUCCUCAGCCUGGACUCCACUGAUGGUCAGAGUGAAGUCAACACCAUUUCCUCUCCCACUGCCACUGAACCUGGUGGAAACUCCAGUAUGCCUUUCUGAUGUGACAUAGAUCAGGAGUUUAGGAGCUUCUCCAGACCUCUGAUGGUACCAGGCUAGGAAAUACUGUGAGCCAGAGUACUGAGUAACUUUACUACUGGCGCUACAGUCAAUAGAGACAGUUUGACCAGGCUGGACUGACUGAGCUGCAGACUGAGUCAAUACAUACUGACCCCAAGACCCUGCAGAGAAAAAUAAGGAACAUUUGACAUAUAGGAUGGUAAAAUAUUUGGAAGAUUAUAACCCUAAUUCAUCAUUUACAACAUGAUGCUUGCAUUCUGAAAAUGUUCAAAAUGUCUCUCACCUUGUGUGUAACAGAUCAGAGUCCAGAUGAAGAUGGUGAUCAAAGUCAUGGUUGCCAUGGGUUCUGUUUAAAUGAAAUACAGAUCUCACAUGAAGUGUUCAACAUACAGGGCUAUAAACACUCCCAGAGCACUGAAGCAUGUGAUGCCAAUGCAAAGUGGCUCUCUAUGGAAAUGUUCCUCCUGGGCAAAUCACUGCACUGUCAUUAAGAAAAGUUCUGAAAUCCAAUUCUGUUGUCUGGAACUCAUUACAAAAAAUGUAUUUAUACUGACACGUUCCUUCGUUGCUGUAUCAGCAGUUUUCAUACUGUUGAAAGUUCAAUGGGGAACGGGGACCGUGAAUGUCCAAUCUCCUGGAGUUCCAGAGUGUACCAGGAGGGGGCCUCAGUUCCAAACAACAUUCAGUGAUCAGUUUCACGUCUCUGUUAACAUUACCCUCUGUGUCUGUAUGGAGAUUUUUGUACAGCGAGUCAAUCAGACUCUAUCACUGUGGUGGACUUUUGGUGGAGGGACCAAACUGAGUGUUGGUAGUAAGUAUUCAAUUCUCGAUCUUGACCUCUGUUAUCAAAAUCCCAAUUCAUUUUCUUAACACUAUUACAACUCCGUUAAAUAGAAAGUAGAAAAGUUUAUUUUUUGGGGAGAAUUUGUGUUGCAUUUAUUUUCCCUUAGAAGUAAAUUGAGUUAAAUUAAAAUGCCUAUCCAAGAUGUAAUAUAUCAAACAAUGUGCUUAUACAGUUUGUAUUGAUUUCGAACAAUAGGGUUAUUGAUGAAAUCUGAGAGUGGUUUGGUAGUUCAGCGAGAGCAGUAUCUCUAUAGUUUCAAAGGUUUUUGUAUGGCCGUUGCAUGUGUUUGUAUCACUGUGGUACACUUUUGGUGGAGGCACUAGACUGGAUGUUGGAAGUAAGUUUUUUUUAUGCUUAGUUUUGCUAUCUAUUUGCUAUAUUGCUUUCUUAUUUUGAAUGUUAUUAAAUAUUUGCUAUAUUUUGCUAAGUGUUGCUAUCUUACAAAGUCCUGCUGUUCAUAUGAAUACACUUUUGGUUUCAAUUUAUUAUAGAAUAUCUCGUAAAUUACAGUAUAACUUUAUUCAUUUUCUUUUAAAUUAAAGCUGCAAUAGGCUAUGUAACUUAUUCUGAGACCCGACCAAAUUCACAUAGAAAUACAGUUCAAAUAUUUCGUUGUCAUUGAAAGCAAGUCUAUAAAGCGGUAGAUUGUUCUAUGUGUGCUAUUUCUAUGCUUCCCAUUCUUAAGUUUAAUUUUUUGUUUUACUUUAGGUUUUGCACACCAGAUCAAACAGCUAAAAAUACAAUAUUUUUGGUUAUGGAAAAUAUAUUUCACAGCGGUUUAGAUGGUACAAUGAUUCUCUACUACACCAGGGCUCACCAACCCUGUUCCUGGAGAGCUACCCUCCUGUAGGUUUUUCACUCCAACCCCAGUUGUAAUUAACCUGAUUCAGUUUAUCAACCAGCUAAUUAUCAGAAUCAGGUGCGCUAGAUUAGGGUUGGAGUGAAAACCUACAGGACAGUAGCUCUCCAGGAACAAGGUUGAGAGCCCUACUCUUACAUUAUCCUUUCUUGUUUUGUCACAUAAACUGAAGUUAGGUGAACUAUUAGAAUUUUAGCAACCAGUAAAUGGCGUAGUGAUUUCUGCAUAGUGCAUCUUUAAAUGUAAUAUUAUUGUUAGAUGGUUACAGUCAACUGGAAUUUACUUCUCAGCACUUAUUUUAAACAGAUCAUUGAAGAAUUGGUCAUACAUUCUGUGGAAUUUUCUUUAAAAUAAUAAUAAUGAAUAAUGAAAUGCAGUUUGAUUCCUAGGAUUUUAUCACAUUACAAAAAGGGAGAAGUAUGUGGAAAUAUUUGUCAUUUUAAAAAGAAUUUUUUUUGAAGAUAGUUGAAUGUAUUUUCAGUCAUCUCAUGUAGUUAUAAUAUGCUUCAGUAGCUACUCAUAGGGAAGUGAAAUAGUGACACAAAGACUGAGAAACUGUGUUUUUGAGGGACAGAAACCUACUGAAAAAACAACUUAAUUUACAGCUAAGAUGUAAAACUGCUGCGUCACUAUUGUUGCAUCAGUCUGGUGAUUGAUUGAUAGCUCCCCUCUCUCUAAUUUCCCACCUGUCUCCUAGGUGAUGUUCCUCCCACCCUGACGGUCCUGCCCCCCUCCAGUGUGGAGCUACGACAGGGGAAGGCCACUCUCAUGUGCCUGGCCAACAAGGGCUUCCCCUCAGACUGAAGCUGAGCUGGAAGGUGGAUAGGAGCAGUAGCAGCACCUGGGAGGUGACCGGGAGCCCUGGGGUCCUGGAGAAGGACGGCCACUACAGCUGGAGCAGCACCCUGACCCUUCCUGUCGACCAAUGGAGGAAGGUCGGCUCUGUGACCUGUGAGGCCACCCAGGGCUCCCAGUCUCCACUCUCUGAGACACUGAGGAGAGACCAGUGUUCUGACGAAUGA